GUCGUUUGAACUACUUGCACUACGAGGCAGUUACACCUUCUCCGCAACAUAGAUACUGGUUUACAUCAAGUCUGAUCGUUAGAAAUGCCGCAUGACGAGGAAUCGGGCCUAGCACUGGUGGACGAGAAAGAUUACGCGGCUCCUCCACCAAGACAAGGAACAUUCAGCCAAGACAACAGCACCGUAGACGCUCGACAUUUCCUUCCGCAGCGAACCGGUACAGGCCUCGCUUCGAUAAGCCAGCCCCACUCCGCUCCUGGGACGAGACCAUCAAGCCUCGUGGGAAGUCUAGCAAGCGUUGUAACAAACGUGGGAAACCCACGGCCAGAUCAAAGCCAUGCCGAGCCUACUACGAAGCCUAUCUCCCGCCCGACUUCAUCCAAGCAAGCUUCCGUCAAAAUUGGUACACGCCCGAGCUCAUUCGAGGAGUCUAGUCCUAGCCUUGCCCAAAGUCCGGCUCCUACGCAGGGACCACCUCCGUCGUCUGAAGACGUACCAGAAGCGCUACCGCAUCCCGUUGAAGAAGCAGGGGACGUAGAGUUUGGCCGCUGGCUCGUGGAGCAAUUCCGAAAAGACUUAUUCGACAUCUACCGAGACCAGCGGCCGGGAAAAGACAACAGGCCGCAUCUACUAGUCAACCUAGCAGCCCUGAACCGUAUGCGAAUGCGCAAGCUGCAGGUCAAGCUCGUCCAGGAAGUACUCCGCAUGCGCUAUGAAAAGACGGAGCCAAAAGGCUGGGAAGACUUACUCGAGCAGUACAUCAAUGCGACCAGAGACAAUGACUUCAUCAGGACGUGCGUGCAUCGAGACCUCGACGAUCCUUUCAUCGUCAUCACAGAGAGAUUGGUAGACGCCUCUGUCUUCCGUUCCUUAUUGAACACCGUACCCGAGGAACAGCGCAGAACGGACGGUCUGGAGUCGGUUACAGAGAAAACGUUCGCUCCGCCAGUAGAGAAGACGCCGCAGCCGAUCGGAGGAACGCGCCUGGAGCGGACGCAGAAGCAGAAGACGGAGGAAUUUUUCAAGCGACUGGCCUUCUCUUUGGUUGGCGGAGUGUUCCUGAUUGCCCCCAUGUGGCUGAUGGUCUUGCACAAUACAAAGUACACGGCGCUCGUUGCGACCUCUGUCUCGGUGGUUCUGUGCGGUAUGGUAACGGCGUGGAAAUUAGAACAGCCCCACACAGUCUUGUCUACCACUGCAGCUUAUGCGGCUGUCUUGGUGGUGUUCGUAGGUACGAACAUAGCACCGGCGCAGAAGAGCAACUAGCAGAUUUGGUGGUGGAAAUGGCAUCUGAUGCUAGUAGGGUUCAUGGUAGAUAAUAGGG